AUGUACCGCAACUCCAAUUCAAUUGUCAGGACCACUGUUGGUGAUACCACCCCCUUCACCAUAACCGUAGGUGUGCAUCAGGGCUCCGUCUUAAGCCCCUAUCUCUUCAGUGUGAUAUUAGACGAACUGUCAGCCAGCGUACAGAAACUACCGCAGUCUUGGCUGCUUAUGUAUGCUGAUGAUAUCGCACUGGUAGAUGGGGACAAAGGACGGCUCACCAGACGCGUGCACGCAUGGAGGGAGGCGCUUGAGAACGGCGGGCUGAAGCUAAACGUGGCGAAGACGGAGUAUAUGGCCUGCAACAGCACCGAUCUGACGUCUCUCCGUAUAGGCGACGACACCUUCGAGCGCACGGACAACUUAAGUCGUGAUUCAGCAAAUAGAUGGCGCAUUCGUGUUGGUUCCUCGUACGCAAACAGCGGUGGUACCGUUUUUACUACAGCACGGAUUAUUAGUCAUCCCAGCUAUAACGAAUUCUCUUACGACCAUGAUGUGGCAGUAAUGCACUCUAGCCGGGGUUUUUCGUUCAGCAACAGUGUACGCGCCGCCAGUAUUGCCGGCUCAAACUACAAUGUCGCAGAUAAUCAAGCUCUUUGGGCUGUUGGGUGGGGCACAGCUUCGUACGGCGGUUCAUUCUCGGAGCAACUGCGGCGUAUUGAAGUUAGGAGUAUAAACCUGAGAACUUGCCAAAAUAUUUAUGUUGAGUUGGCAAUGUAUCUUACUGAUAAUAUGAUGUGCUCAGGUUGGCUCAAUUCUAGUGGCAAAGAUUGCCAAGGCACAACUGGAGGUCCUCUUAUCCACAACAACGUCAUCGUGGGUGUAUGUACAUGGGGAGAGCAAUGUGGGCUUGCUCGUUACCCUGGUAUCAGCACUCGAGUGUCGCGCUACACGUCUUGGAUCCAAUCAAAUGCAUAA